AUGCUCGUCGCCCUCUUCACAGGGAUCUCCGAUCGGGCGCCGGCCCGAGGUGUUUAUCUCUUCCGCCGUGCCGCUGGAGCGCGGCCCGUUGGCCUGCAUAGCCCCGCGUGCCAGCUGGACGAGACGGCCGCGUUGCAGGGGAGAGUGCCAGGAGAAGGGCGCUGGCGCUCGAGCGGCGGCACACCACCAGUGAAGACUUCAGGCCAGCUGUGCAACGGCGGCACGUCUGCGCAGGGCGCCCUGGCGACAUCCCCGAUGAUGCCCUGGCCCAGCCUCUUCCGCGAUCCCAUGGCCAUCUGUACUGCGGUCGCCGUACAUCGUCAUCAUCGGCGCCGCCUCCUAUCCCCGGACAGUGCUUGCACUUAG